CUUUUCAAUUUGCUCAUCGGAAAAGGGGCGCUCAAAAUCCCAACCACUUGAUAAGCCUGAAGCUUGAGCUAUUCAUCCCUAUCCCAUUGAAUGUUAUAUGUCAUUAGAAAUUACAGAAAUCCCACUAGACUUUUGCAAACGUCUUUGCGCGACCUUCUUAGAGGCCACUACCUGAACUUCACGAUUUGGGACCCGCUUCGACCUCGAUCUCGCUGCUUAAGCGAAAACGCACCUUGAAACCAGCAGCCUAAACAGUGCGGCCUGGAUGGUCUGCUGCCGGCAUUCAAUUUCCGUCACAUUGGCGACAGUAUCCUGCCUUGGUAUUGCUCAGCAUUAACUUGAGGAGACGGCUAUAUAUUGCCGGUUAUAUCUAGGAGGAGCAGUUCAUCGACAGAGCUCGCUGAACGAGAAUAAAUAGGAGCUUUGAAGGUCUCAAAGAAAGGAUCGCGAGGAUAAGCCUGCAUGAUACACCCAAGACCUCACCGCUUGGAAAAAUUCCUCGAGUCGAGGCUACCCUACACCAGGUAGCAAGCAGCAGAGACAAAGACCCAACUGGAGAUUAAGAACAGUCAGACCUGUGCCCUAGGAACGUAACAAGAAGGAAAGACAGAAAGAAAGAGAGGAAACCCUCAGGACCUUCAAGGGCUCGAUCAAUCAAGAUAUUUCGAUAAAAAAUACAGCGAUCAGGUGUAAGCGACGGCACUUGGGUCACUCCGAUUACCUACCACCUAGAGGUACCUUGCCUUACGCUGUGUUGUGCUGUGCUCAAGCGGUUGAGCACCUCAAAACACCCCCACUUUCCAUCAGUCAAUCGAUCAAUUUGAGGUGGGUGGCGUCAACGUCAAACCAUCAAACCCUUUUAAACACACUUCGUUCCGAAGCCAAACUGCGAAAAGCCAUUCGCUUCUUCGCCGGCAGCUUGAGCAACUAUCUUCCCACCCCUAGGUGAUUAUUGUACGGUCUUUGGAAUCUGUGAGCUCCCCUCAGACCAACCAAUCAAAGUCAUCUGGAACAAAACGCCCGAUUGAGCCUGUGUCUCUUCAAGUAUGCCCCCGGCGGCGGAUCGUGGAGACAAUGGCGCAACCGAAUUUCACGAUGAGGACGAAGACCGUGGUCGCCGCAAACUCGGCCCUGGCCCAGGGCUGCAGAUUCCCAAGAACCGUAGCACUGGCAAUCUGGCCGUCAUAGGAGAGACCUCGGACCGAUCCCGCAUUCGAUUCUCCUUCGACGCUGGCUCCGCAGAGGCCGACUUGGAUCUCCUCACGAGGUCUCCAAUAAUGGAUCACGACCACGGCCUAGGCCUCUCUGGUCUCAGGCGAAUCCGACAGCAGCAUUCUAUGCGCCAACCUACCUUACCGUCUAACCCGUCCUCCCGCAGUCCCUCGGUUGCACGCCUUCCUCGAUCCGCCUCGAUGACUCUCAUGCCUCCGCCUCGACGACAAGGGAGUAACAUAUCGCUUUCGCCUGGCCCCGCGUCGCCCACCUUUACCGAGGACUUGUCUCGCUUCCCCUCGGAAUCUUUACACUCCUUUUCCUUUGCCAAUCAGUCGGAGGAGCUCAUACACAGCCGCCAGAAUGUACUCAAACGGUCGAUAGAGUUCAUGAGAGAUCACAUGGGCUGGGCCGCUGCCAACUCCACCGAUCCUGCGAUGGCCAGCGCACAAGCACGCUUUUCCGGAGAUAAGGAGGCCCAAAGCAUGCUGGAAUUACUAGCGAGAGCACAGGUCGUGGCUGCCGGGAAUCUGCCGAACCCGGGCUCGACCUUGCCCUAUGGCCCCCUCACCGGCCCGCCCGAUGUCUCAGGCGUUAAUGUAUUCGACAGAGGGUUUGUCCAGAGGACUUCGAGCCCUGAGCCACUGGAACAGUCUCCUGAUUUUCCGGAGGGGCUUCCUGGCCAGGAACCCAAGCGCUCGGGGUCCACCUCCAGAGGAACCUCUGACUCUGCCGAAUCCUCACGAACACCUACGAAUGAGAGUGGCGCUUCCGCGCAAACUGCACAGACAUCACCGCCGAUUUCCAGGAGACCAAGCGUACUGCAGCGAACCUUGACGGAUACCCGGCAUGUUCAAAUCGAACAGAAGCUCGUGACUGCCAUCUCAAAACCCUAUGCAGCGUCUACCGGUGUAGAUCCGAUCCUGUCACCAACAACGGUAGAGUCUUUCAAAGCCGCCGGGGGUAAUUUUGCAUCAUCCGUGCCGCAGAGUGCACCACAUGGCCACGCGUCCAGGUGGGUGCCGGCGGCACAGGCCAUUUUCACCACGGAGGCCAAGGCGCCUUGGACUAUUCUGGUCGCCAACGAUCUUGCUUGCUUGGUAUUCGGGGUGACCAAAGCAGAAGUGAGGAAAAUGGGUAUACUAGAGGUUGUGCAGGAUGAUCGCAGGGCGUGGCUUGCCAAUAGACUACAGGGGAAUGACGUAGAUGAAGUUGGAGAUUUCGCAGAGAGUGAAAGUAGCUCUCCGGAGCCCCUCUCGCGCGUAGCAUCUAACAGCUUGCUCGGUAGUCGGGGUGGCGGUAUUACUGCACACCUCCUCAGCAAGCCGAACUCACGGGCAAAGGCCUCGGCUAAAACUCAGGCAGCGAAAAAGCCCAAAACCAAUCAUGACAGUGAAUCGAGGCUAUAUAAGACAGCAAGUUCGCAAGGCGGCAGGUCCAACGGCGUUCUUCUGUGUGGCGAUGUGGUACCGAUCAAGAAGAGGAAUGGGGCAACCGGAUCAGCUAGCCUGUGGGUUAAGGAAAAACAUGGCGGCUUGAUAUGGGUUGUCGAAGAGAUCAGCGAGGAUACCGCGACUGUCACCCUCAAGGAGGAGAGCAUUGUCGAGAAGCUGGAUGGUGCCGUUGAUGCGAUCUGGGGAGGCGCAGAUGCGCGGCCUGGGGUGGACGUUGGAAAGCUUAUACCUCGAAUCCCAAGGCAGGGCAUUGAUCCCAGGUCUGGAGAGCUCGACUAUGCCCAAAUCAACAAGAAACGUUUCUACACGUGUCGAUACUCGGACACAGUCAACAUACCAGCCACAGUUGAGCAGAUCAGGGGCAAGACCGAACUCAAGGUUUCAAGCUUCCCCCACAUUGCAGGUAUCAUAGUCGUCAAUACUCACGACCUGAGGAUCAAGAGCUCCAACUCGGUCUUCAGUGGCGCUCUCUUUGGAUACGAAAAGCCAGAUGGAAUGUCAAUCACGACUCUCAUUCCUAGCUUCGAGAAGAUGCUCGAUGUGGUAACGCAGGACAAUUGGUCAUUAGAGGAGGCAGUCGUUGUACCGGAGCAAAGUUUUCGCCAGGCGUAUGCAAUUGUGGGCUUGCGCGAAGGCAAUCUCGACGCGCCGACAAGCUCUAUGCGGCCAUACGGGGUACCUGCAAAACAUCGCGAUGGCUCCGAAGUCAAAAUUGACAUUCAGAUGAGAGUGGUGCAGAGCGAGAGUGAUAAGAACCACGUGAUACCCGAGGAUGCCGCGGUGGAAGAUUACAGCGAUGAAGCCAGCCGAAGAUUGAGCAAUGCGUCUAUGCCACAGGCAGAAAUGGUGUAUGCUCUGUGGAUCACGUACUCUCGCCACCUGCAUGCAUCGCAAAGCCACGCUGGAGGUGCAGCCUCUCCAUUACUGUCGCGACGAGAAACUCAAAUGCAUCAGCCAACACCAGGCCAAACACCUGCACAUACGCCACCUCUAGAAGGUGAUUCGGAAACAGAAGAACCCAAGAAAGACACCACCAUUUCAAAGUUCACUAGACAAAUCAAGGAAGUCGCAAGAGAAGCUGCAGCCAAACUAUCGAGCGUAACUAGCAGCAAACCCAAGGAACAACCGACGGCAAUGGUCGCUGACACGAAAGAGGUCGUCAAGGAGACAACGGCAGAGGCCCCGGCUAAGCCACGCAAAAAGACCAUCGAUGACUUUGUGAUAUUAGAGGAAAUGGGACAGGGCGCAUACGGCCAGGUCAAGCUAGCCAAGCACAAGGAGACUGGCAAGACGGUGGUGCUCAAAUAUGUCAUCAAGGAGCGAAUCCUGGUCGACACUUGGACCCGUGAUCGCCGCCUUGGUACUGUGCCAUCCGAGAUCCAUAUUCUGGACUUCCUGGGCCGUAAUGAUCUUCGGCAUCCCAAUAUUAUCGACAUGGAGGGUUUUUUCGAGGACAAGGUCAACUAUUACAUCGAGAUGGAGCCACAUGGUCUUCCGGGAAUGGAUCUGUUUGACUACAUAGAGCUGAGGAAGAAUAUGAGCGAGGACGAAGCGCGACGGAUUUUUGUGCAGCUUGCACGAGCGGUUCAUCACCUGCACAUCAAGGCAAAAAUCGUCCAUCGGGACAUCAAGGAUGAGAAUGUCAUUCUCGACGGCGGUGGCCACGUCAAAUUGAUUGAUUUUGGAAGUGCGGCGUAUAUCAGGAAGGGGCCAUUCAACGUUUUCGUCGGCACGAUCGACUAUGCGGCCCCCGAGGUACUGGGUGGAAGGCGAUACGAUGGCCCGGCCCAAGACGUGUGGGCGCUCGGCAUCCUACUUUAUACCAUCGUAUACAAGGAAAAUCCAUACUAUUGUCUCGACGAGAUUGUCGACCAUGAAUUGAGAAUUCCAUGGAUCCUGAGCGAUGAGAAUAUAGAUCUCAUCAAGGGAAUGCUCAACCGAAACGUUGAAGAGAGGUUGAACAUUGAGCAAGUGUUGGAGCACCCAUGGUGCAAAGCUGCGGGCGAUGACUUUGACGGCCUUCAUGCGAUCCCUGGCCCUUCGAAUUGAAAAAGGUGCUUCAACGACAACGUAAACAGGGCAUAUCUGUUUCAGAAGCAAAAAGAAAAAAGAGUCAUCGGGCGCGAAUGGAGGAGUAAAUGGUCUGGGAAAUACAUCAAAAUUGGACUUUGGGAUCGGAGUAACGGUAUCUAUUUUAUGGGAGAAAUCUGGGUCUGGAGUCUGGAGCGUUUGGCCUCUGCUUAUGGGAAAUUUUUGUGCAUAGCGGUUGUCUGGCCCACGACAAUCAAAUGUCUUCGCUGGGUCGACGACGACUGCGGAGGGUCUUUGUCUGCUUUUAUGCUAGCGAAUGCCUUCGUCGCGUGCCACAUCCUAGACUGCAUAUUCUAGAAAUAUACCUUUACCAAGUCAUGGAUUGCUGGCCAGUCAACAAGAGUCCAAAAC